GCAUCGCGGAGAAAUACAUGGACACAAUGCACAUUUGAACAAGGUGUAAAACAACGUGUGGUGGGGGUAUUAUUUCUCCUCUGUCGUGCAGCUAACCUCGGCUUCUUUCGGUUUCUCGACACACCGCCGACACGUAAAUUUGUUUUUUGUUGCGAGGCAUGCUGGGCUUGAGAGAAGAGGUCGAAAUGUUCCGCGAUCUGGCUUUACUGGUGUGAACUUGGCCGUGGCCGCAGCCCGCAGUACACCUGCGAAACAACAAUGGCGGAUACAUUUGGUAGUAGUGUCAUUUGGUAAGGAGUCGUAAGCAGUCGCAACGGUGGCUGGAUUCGAGUACGUUUCAAGCGUACACGAGAGAGGAGACCUUUCAUUUCGAGUCAACGUCAACGUUUGUUAGUUUGUCAUAUACACGCGCGCGCGCGCGCGCAUAUGUGCGUGUGUAUAUGCAUUCGCCGCGUAUGUCACUAUCUAUCACCACCCCACAUACGUACGUGUAUAAGUGUUGAGAAAGUACAGUAAUAAUUACAAACAACAGGAUAUACAGGACAGAGUUGUUAUUUAAUAAUAAAAGUAACGUUGGUUACGUUAACUUUGAACAAUUCAAACAAUUCAUUGUACAACAAUUUUGGAUUCAAACGUGUAUAUAAAUCCUCGUAUUUAAACGUAAAGGAAUGAAACAAUGGCGAAUCUGAGACAGAUACCGCUAACGUGCAGUGGACACACAAGACCCGUCGUGCACCUUGCAUUUUCCGAUGUCACCGAAUCUGGAUAUUAUCUUAUUUCCGCUUGUAAAGAUGGGAAGCCAAUGUUGCGACAGGGUGACACUGGAGAUUGGAUUGGUACAUUCGAAGGUCACAAAGGUGCAGUAUGGGGUGUCGCGUUGAACCGGGAUGCAACUAGAGCAGCAACUGGUGCAGCUGACUUUAAUGCUAAAGUUUGGGAUGCCAUCAAUGGAGAAGAAGUUUAUUCCUUCCAACAUAAUCACAUUGUCAAAUCGGUUAACUUUAGCUCUGAUUCGAAUUACUUGUGUACCGGUUCUAAUGAGAAAUUAGUUCGUAUUUAUGAUCUAAAUCAACCAGAAGCAGCACCACAGGUUUUCAAAGGUCAUACGAGUGGUAUCAGGCAUGUUACUUUCUUCAAAGACAAUACUGCAUUGGUUUCUUGUGCCGAUGAUAAAACAUUAAGAGUUUGGGAUAGAAAUAGUAGUCAAGAAGUUAGGAGGUUAGAUUUUCCUGCCAUACCUAAUUCUAUGGAAGUAUCUAAGGAUGGCAGUAUCAUCACGACUACUCAUUCAAACAUCGUUACUUUCUGGGAUAGUAAAGAGUUAAUUAAAAUACGUGACUUUACAGUACCAACUCAAGCAAAUAGUGCCAGUUUACAUCCUGAUUGUAGUAUUUUUGUAUGCGGCGGUGAAGACUUAAAAAUGUAUAAAUUUGAUUAUUUGACUGGUACAGAAAUAGAAUCGUUUAAAGGACAUUUUGGUCCUGUACAUUGUGUACGAUUUUCACCGGAUGGAGAACUUUAUGCAAGUGGCUCGGAAGAUGGUACUUUGAGAUUAUGGCAAACAACGGUUGGCAAAACUUACGGAUUGUGGCGUUGCGUUGAACAAGCUCCAGCCAUACAAGAAAACGCUACUACACUUCUUAAUAACAAACAAGAAGUUCCUGCCAACUAAGUUCCUGCGUUUUUCUAUUCUCAAAACUACACGAUGAUGGAUGAUUAUGUGUGAAAUAAGAGUUAACACGUGAUAUGAGAAUAGAAUAAUCUCUUAUAAUGACAAAUGUAUUGAAAAAUUGUAUUCAUCUGUGAAAUACCGUCAAAGAAAGUAUGUUUUUGAAA